UUUUCAUUGAUCGCAGUUUGGAAUUUGGGAAAUCUAUUUGUGCAAGUUUAAGUCUCAACAAUCACCAAUGAAAAAAUAGUACUCAAUCCUUCUAUACUCUUGAUGAACAGGAUAUGUUUAGACUAAAUGAAUAAAAAGUAGAGCAAAAACAUUUCUUUGUACUCGUUUAGGAAAAACGAUUGUCGAAUAAAGUGUUAGAUUCAUUUGAAUCUGGGCAAUUGGAAUUUAAACCAAAAAUCGCGUUGAAUCGAAUCGUAUCGAAUUGAAUGUGUCGAUUAAAUGAAUGAGUUCCUAUCAUUAAAAUAUUCGUUCACGUUGAUUACUUAAUUUAUUACGGAAUUGUUAAACGACAGAACGAUCGUUUAUUUUUAAAUUUGACCGAAUUUUAUUAAGGUAGGGAAUGGCGGUACGGGCAUUCGUUCGCUUAUUCUACACGCACCCUUAAGAACUGUAACAAAUGAUUAUGCUGCAUCACAUGUCAUUUGCUACUUGAUUGUUUAGAAUUUAUAUCGUACACCUGUUGCGUUAAAUAAUCCUCUAUAUCCAAAUGAGUUCAAGAUUAAAUGAAACUAGUAAUUCGAAUGUUAAAAUUGAAAUUAAGAAAACAUUGGUUUCUAUCAAUGAAACGGCGCGCAAAAUAAAGAAUGAAUUGGACACAAUUAAUGGUCUUAUUGGAAAAAAUGGACAAUUUCACACAGCUGUUACUAAUGCAAAUGAAACAUUGAUCACAGCAGCCCAAAACAUGAACAUAAAUCUUGAAAGUAUCCUAAACAAUAAUCAGGUAACUGAUGAAACAGCAUCUGAUUUAAGAAAUGUUCUAUCCGCGUCUGCUUUCCAAGAGAAGAUAUUAAAAUGUUUAAAUAAUAUAUAACUUUUCUUACUAUUUUGUACUUUUAUAUUUAUUUAUGAAAAACAA